AUGUUUUUAUGUAGAAGACCUCAACUUCUUGCUACAUGGCUUCUCUUAAUUCUCUUCAUAUUAGCUCAUUCUCAUGCCUCAAGAACCACAACUAAUGUCUUCAAAGUGAACCCCAAAUCUCAACACCAAGGGAACUUUUUUGGAUCCUUGCCAAAAAGGAUGCAUAUACCAUACUCAACUCCUUCAAGGAAACACAAUGACAUUGGAUUAAGAAGUUGGAGAUCACCAUGA